CGAGGGUAGAAGGAAGGACCUGAUUUAUCAUCCAGUCUACUAGCUAGCUAAAGAUUUCGUCUUGAUGUUUACUGGAGAGAGAGGGGAAGCGGGCAUCAUGGGCACGACAUUAACAUCCAACGUGUUCAAGUAAACUGGACCCACGAGACUGCGUAAAACCCAUCCCCAGCCAUGGCAGGCUUCAAGCGAGGGUAUGAUGGCAAGAUCGCAGGGCUCUAUGACCUGGACAAGACGCUGGGCCGGGGCCACUUCGCCGUGGUCAAACUGGCGCGCCACGUCUUCACGGGGGAGAAGGUGGCGGUCAAGGUCAUCGACAAGACCAAGUUGGACACGGUUGCCACGGGUCACCUGUUCCAGGAAGUGCGCUGUAUGAAGCUGGUGCAGCAUCCUAACAUCGUCCGGCUCUACGAGGUCAUCGACACGCAGACCAAGCUCUACCUGAUCCUGGAGCUGGGCGAUGGAGGAGACAUGUUCGAUUACAUCAUGAAGCACGAGGAGGGCCUCAGCGAGGAGCUGGCCAAGAAGUACUUUGCCCAGAUCGUCCAUGCCAUCUCCUACUGCCACCGGCUGCACGUGGUGCACCGUGACCUCAAGCCGGAGAACGUGGUGUUCUUUGAGAAGCAGGGCGUGGUGAAGCUCACUGACUUUGGCUUCAGCAACAAAUUUCAGCCAGGGAAGAAGCUCACCACCAGCUGUGGCUCGCUGGCCUACUCUGCCCCAGAGAUCCUGCUGGGAGAUGAGUACGAUGCUCCGGCAGUAGAUAUCUGGAGUCUUGGUGUGAUCCUCUUCAUGCUGGUGUGUGGACAGCCCCCCUUCCAGGAGGCCAACGACAGCGAGACCCUCACCAUGAUCAUGGACUGUAAAUACACUGUACCCACCCACGUCUCCAACGCCUGCAAAGAUCUGGUAGGCCGGAUGCUGCAGCGGGACCCGAAGGGCCGUGCGUCUCUGGAGGAGAUCGAGAGCCAUGCCUGGCUGCAGGGGGUGGACCCGUCCCCAGCCACCAAGUUCAACACCCCCCUGGUGUCCCAUAAGAGCCUGUCUGAGGAGGAGCACAACGGCAUCAUACAGCGCAUGGUGCUGGGGGACAUCGCAGACCGAGAGACCAUAGUAGAAGCCCUGGAGACCAACAAGUACAACCACAUCACUGCCACCUACUUCCUGCUGGCUGAGAGGAUCCUGAGAGAGAAACAGGAGAAGGAGGUCCAGACACGCUCCUCCAGCCCCAGUAACAUCAAGGCCCAGUUCAGACAGUCCUGGCCGACGAAGAUUGACAUGCAUCAGGACAUCGAGGACAGUCUGGCAGCCUCCUCCAUCUCCCACGCUGGUGGUCCCCAGUCCCCCGCCCGCAGCACUGAGAACCUUCUCAACGGACACCGCACCAAGGGCCUGCUGGAGCUCCGCUGGGAUGAGAGCAACGCAGGGGCCUCCAGUGCCCCUGCUCCCGUUUCUGGGCCCCCUAGAGCUGGGGCCACGGCCCCCACACCCUCCACCUCCUCAGCCAAGCAGCGCAGCUGCCUGUUCAGGGUAGAGGAGGACGAAGAGGAGGAAGAGGAACCGGACCCGUCCUCUCUGUCCACCCAAGUGAUCCUGCGUCGCAAGGCUCCGUCCAUCACCAACCGGCUGACCUCCAGGAAGAGCGCCCCGGUCCUCAACCAGAUCUUUGAGGAGGAGGGUGAGUCAGACGACGACUUCGAUAUGGAUGAGGGGCUGCCACCCAAACUCAGCCGGCUAAAGAUGAACGUCGCUGCUGCCGCAGCGGCCGGGUCACCGGGCACCACUCAGAAACGCUAUCACCGCCGCAAGAGCCAAGGCCGCGGCUCGUCCUGCUCCAGCUCGGAGACCAGUGACGACGACUCAGAGAGCCACCGCCGGCGUCUGGACAAGGACACAGGCUUCACCUACAGCUGGAACCGCAGGGACAGCAGUGAGGGCCCGCCUGGAAACUCAGGGGGAAAUGGUGGAGGGAGCAGCGGAGGGCAAAGUAAACCCCCCGGGGAGGGGGGCAGCUCAGGACCAGACAGGGGCAGUCCUCCUGGAGGGGGAGGUGGGGGGAGUAGUGACAGUGGAGGGGGUGGUAGUAGUGGAGGAGGGGGUGGUAAGGGACAGGGUUCACCCUCCAGUUGUUCUAACGGCAGCAGUAAACACUCCUCUUCAGGCUCAGGGUCCAUGCGGAGACACUGUGCCUCGCGCAGCCCCGGGGCAGCAGAGCUGAUGGAGAGCCUGAAGCUCAUGAGCCUGUGUCUCAGCUCCCAGUUACAGCAGAGGGGGAGAAGUGGAGGCCCCGGCCUGGCGGGAGGGGUGGGCAAGUUCAUCAUAGACCCUCAGAACCUUUCCAAUAGUCUGUCCAGCAGCCUGUCAGCCGGCAGCGUCAAGACACAGGAGACGUCCUCUUGGAAGAUGUGCAUUGGCUCCAACGGCAGCUUGGACCUGGAGCUAGACACCAUCGCUCUGCCAACCACCGCUGUCAACACUCCAAGGGCAUACGCAGACCAAACGGCGGCAGCAGCACUUAGCGAACUGGCCCUGGCCACCAAGGAGAAGAAUAAGCUGAACAACCUGAAAAACAAUGUGCUCCAGCUACCUCUGUGUGAAAAGACCAUCUCUGUGAACAUCCAGCGCAGCCCCAGAGAAGGGCUCCUGUGUACCUCCUCUCAGGCCAGCUGCUGCCAGGUCAUAUGACAUACACACACCGCCCUGGCGCCCUCCGACACGACUCUGCCAGUCGAAUCUGUCCAACCACAGUCACUGCUGUAGCAUACGUCUGACCUCAGAACACCUCACCAUCAAAACCUGCCUUCUGCUGUUGUCUUAAAAGAUUACACUUUUUGUUAUUUUAUUGUUUUUGUUUCUUCACUAGGACCUAUGAGGUGCAUGCUGCUAGGGAUUCUUUUGUUUUGGCUACUAUCACUAGUUCCCCCUGGAAUGAGACGAGGUAACAGAACUUAACUCAAUUCUGAGGUGAGUUGGGGUGUUGUUGAUGAGACGAGGUAACGGAACUUAACUAAAUUCUGAGGUGAGUUGGGGUGUUGAUAUAAAUAUGGAUGUGAUUUUAGAUUACCUAUAUUUUGGGGUAAAAAAUACAACUUUUAACAGAGGUUGAGGAGGACAGGGCAGAGAUACCAGUCACCAUACAGCUGGGAGAGGUAGAGGACAGAUACCAGUCACCAUACAGCUGGGAGAGGUAGAGGACAGAUACCAGUCACCAUACAGCUAGGAGAGGUAGAGGACAGAUACCAGUCACCAUACAGCUAGGAGAGGUAGAGGACAGAUACCAGUCACCAUACAGCUGGGAGAGGUAGAGGACAGAUACCAGUCACCAUACAGCUGGGAGAGGUAGAGGACAGAUACCAGUCACCAUACAGCUGGGAGAGGUAGAGGACAGAUACCAGUCACCAUACAGCUAGGAGAGGUAGAGGACAUAUACCAGUCACCAUACAGCUAGGAGAGGUAGAGGACAGAUACCAGUCACCAUACAGCUAGGAGAGGUAGAGGACAGAUACCAGUCACCAUACAGCUGGGAGAGGUAGAGGACAGAUACCAGUCACCAUACAGCUAGGAGAGGUAGAGGACAGAUACCAGUCACCAUGCAGCUGGGAGAGGUAGAGAAGGACAGAGAUACCAGUCACCAUAUAUGGGCCUGGAGGAAGGGAAGUAACCUGUAACCUUCAUGUUGAUAUAAGCUCCUCCCAUGCAGUCUUAAAACACGACGACCAACUGAGAAGAAACUUGGUGGUAUGUAACUUCUAGAGAUUUGAUUGAGUAACCUCAUUUUACAGUGACAGAUGGAAACUACUGUCUGAAGUUAUUUUACUUUGAUAUUGCACACAGACAAUCUGUUUUAUGUUUGUAUUUUCAAAGUGUAUGGAAUUAAAGAUGCAUUUUAGAUGGCUAAUGGCUAUACAGCUCUCACUGAAUUGAUUUGAAGGCAACAUUAAUUAUUGUGUCCAAACCGCCAUUUAAGAAGUGCUACUUCAAAACACCUGGUUUACUUUGGUGUUACUGAGACUGUAACCUGGGAAAAUAAGGCUUCAGCUCAGUCUUUAUUCCAAUCUAAAUGCACUCCUCUUCUGAGGCAGAAUAAAUUAACCUAUUCGGGUCAAAUGCUACUAUACUUACUAUUGUAUAGUGACUACAGGUAGGAGCUGCAAUCUUUUAGACACUAUUCUAACAGAAAGGGUCAUUCAUCUGUAAGUAUAACUACUGCUAUUCAUUUGCAAAAUGGCCAAACUCCUGAAAUGAUUGAAAGUACAUGACAACAUGUCAAACUGAAUGUAAAGUACGGUAGUAGUGUGUGUUUUCCUGUGCUGGGCCUUAAGGUAGCAGGCAGGCCCACACGGGUUUCAUGUGGUGUAGAUUUGGUCCCGUUCACGUUUUGGUCGUGUCCUUGGUUGACCACCUGUCUUGUUGACAUAACAUCUUAGAAAAUGCAUUUUAAGAUCCAUAGAAGGGCAUGAGAAUCUAAAAGAAAAUGAAUUAAUUGAAAACUGCAUUGGGUCUCUGUAUUCCAGUGGACCCGUGUGCACACACCAAUGUCUUUGCUUUGUUAGACUGUUUUACUUUGUUACUGUAACUGGUCUUCUGUCUGGCCGGCUGGUCUUCUGACUGAUCUGGCAGGCUGGUUUGUUUGUUUUUAAAGGGUGUUUGUUGAGUAUAUGUAUAUAUGUUUAAAAAAAAGUUUUAUUUUUGGACUUUUGAACGAUCUGCUGUUUUAAAAAUGGUUCUGUGUUGAAGUGGGCCCGUGAGUCUUUCGUUGGGGACUAACAUCGCUGUGUGUGUGUCACACCCACACCUUACUGGACACUGCAGGGUGAAGGGUAGAAUUGAGGUUUCACAUUCAGGAUUAGUGGUUCAGUAGAGCACAUGCACCUUUCAGGAGAGACUCCUCUCUGUAAGCUUUAAAGGACCAGGCUUAGUAAAGAAAGAAAUGGGGUAUGGGUGAGAUGUGGGGAUAUAUUUUAAGGGCAUUGGCAAUAAGCUACAUGUUGCAGCUAUCUGUAAAUAAACAUAUUUUCAUUUUAUAUUUCAACCCUGUACAGCCUUAGAUUGAAAGGCACCUCGGACUAAAAACUAACAGAGAAAAAUAUCUUGUAUUUUUUUCUUUUUCUUUUUAAACAAAAUGUCUGUAAAUAGAAUGUAAAUAUGGUGCUCUAUAUUUAGAAACAGCAGAGUGAACCUUUUGGUGCAUAGCUGUAAGUAUAGCCUUAUUAGUAAUGGGUGUCUCCAAGAAAAUAAGUCUGACCGUUGUCUUACCCAAAUGUAUACAGGUGAAUGACAUGUGCAUGUGUUAUAUGUUUAACAUUAUCGAUCCAAGGACAUCAAGAGAGCGAGGAAGAAUCAUCCACUGAAUGUUACUGGACCAAACCAUGUACUGGCUAAAGGAAAAUUGGAAAAAAUAUGAAAUGGCAGAAUUAUUAAAUGUAUUAUUCUGUAGUUGAUACCUGUUGUCAAAAGUUACAUAUAUCUAUGGUAAUAUCCUAAAUAAAAUGUUGUGGAAAAU